AUGGUUGGAUAUUAUAAAAAUGAGUCACUUACACCACAAGCAAAAUUCGCUGCUGGAAUAAUAUCUGGGUUCGCCACAAGGAUCGUGGCUCAGCCUCUCGACGUGAUUAAAUUGCGAAUGCAACUCAUAAAGCUAAAGAAAAAUAGAAAUAUAAUUUCAACAGCAUUGAAGAUUCUUAGAGAGGAAGGUCCAACUGCUUUCUUCCAAGGACAUAUUGUUGGGCAGUUGCACUCCGUUAUAUGUGUAAGCAGCCAGUUCUAUUUUUACGAACUUAGUACAGCAGUCGUUUUAACCAGGAUCGAUGAAACACAUGCUUCUACUCUGGGCAACCCGUUAGAAGUGAUCCGCGUCCGGCAAAUGAUUAUUAAGGACCAGUACGGAGGCCUAAUCAAUGCUGCCAAAGCGGUGUACCGGUACGGAGGAAUAACAGCCUUCUACGAGGGCGUAAUAGCUAAUUGCCUACAGAUGGGUCCUCAAAUGGGUAUUACGUUUGCGGUGUUCAGUUAUUUACAACCGUUGCUGUUGAAUUAUUUGGCAGACUGUUAUAGUGAUUCCUGUAACUCCACUACGAGCAACCGCCACUCUGCUCAACACCUUCUCGUAGCUAGUUCCAUAGCGGGCUGUGCCUCUGGUUUAAUCGGCAAAACCUUGACAUAUCCUCUUGAUUUGGCUAAACGAAGACUUCAAGUAGGGAGUCACAAGAUGGAUAGAAAAUACAAUGUGCCCAGUACGUCGAGGCACUUGAUACGAUGCAAAAGUCUAACAAAAUGUCUCAAAGUAACUUUUGAAAAAGAGGGCUUGUAUGGGUUGUACAGAGGAUGGUUCGUUACGGUUACAAAAGCUCAGUUAACCAACAUUAUGGCGUUCACCACUUAUGAACUUGCGUGUUUCGCGUUGCGAGAAGUCACUUAGUUACAGCCUCCGUAGUGAUGAUAGUUUUUGCUGAUUGUACCCGAAAAAUAAAUCGUUCGUAAGACUUUAUUUGGA